AUGUCGCCAUUCACCUACUCGAAGGUCGCGGCCAAGAACCUCCUCGCUCCCCUUUCCCUGACUGCUCCAGUGGCUCCAGAAUGCCCAGCGAGAAUUGAAUUCACUGAGACAAAACUCAGUAUUCAAUACAAGAGAGGAGUAGAAAACACAUGUAAUGUGAUUUUCGAAAAGGAGUACAUUGAGAAGAGGAUCACGAUCGAGAUCGAGUCGUUCGGGAACACGGAGCACCAGGAAGCUCUCAAAAAAGCCGAGAGAUGCUUCAGGAAAGCAAUGGAGCUCUCGUAUUCAGACUCCGAAUGCUGGCUCACCGGAUCCUACGCGGCUGGAGUGGAUCUCCACACUUCGGACCUUGACUUCACGGUCAAGGCUCCAUCAGUGAAUGGGUCUAACCAAUUCGCGAAGUUGUUGGAGAUCCGAAACCGACUCAGAUACAUUCACAUCAAUAAUGUGAAUGUAUUCGAAAAGGUUUACGUCCAGAAGGGAAUGAUCCCGGUUCUUCAGAUGGUCCACGCGGAGACGGGAGUGUCGAUUGAUGUGACGAUCGACAACGACACAGCCAAGAGGAACACCCAGUUGCUAUGCUGGUAUGGACAACUCGACGCAAAGUUCCCACUGCUGUGCAAAGCAGUCAAAGCAUGGGCGUCGAAGGUAGGAGUGGAGGGAGCUAGCCGAGGACGACUCAACAGUUUCUCGCUGUGCAUGAUGGUAUUAAGUUACCUUCAAGUGGGAACCACGCCGGCGGUCCUACCGAAUCUCCAGGAGAUGUUCCCUGAGUUAAAUGGAGAGAUCAAAGUGGAGUCGGACGACUACACGAAGAGGAAUCUGAGAGAGGAGAUUCAGGAACAGGGCAAGUUCAAGUUCGAUGAGAACAAGAGCUCCCUGGCGGCACUAUUCCUGGGAUGUCUCCGAUACUAUGCCGACUUUGACUUCUCCACCAAAUGGAUUUCCGUGAAAAGCGGAAAAGUGCUGGAAAAACAAUGGAGCGAAGAAGGCGAACCCCUCAACGGACUCCCCCAGAAGUGCUGGUACAUCGUCGUCGAGGACCCAUUCCUGCCGACUCCACACAAUUGCGCAGGUACGGUACAGCAGUCGGAUUACGUGGAAAGAAUUCAGAUGGAAUUCCGAGAGGAAUACCAUCGAAUUCUAGAAACGAAUACGAUAUUCAGUCUGUUUCCAUGCAAUUGGAGUCGGCGAUUGAUGGAAAACGGAAUGAAGAGGGAUCGACAGAUUCACGAAUGGGAGAAGAAGAAGGAGGAAGUGAACGACGUGGCCGAAUGGGGAAAAACCAUAUGUUUGGAUUGGGGAGAACCGAGAAGGAAGCAGCCAGAAGAGUAUUGGAAUCUGGAAAUGAGAAGACAAAGAAGGUUCCCGAUACUCCAACCAUGGCCAGACCGUUUGAUGGCGGUGUAUUCUGUCGAUGCCUAUUUAAUUUAG